UCUAACAGCCUGCAAGGAACCAAAACCUGCCAACCGCCACUUGAGGAAGCUUGGAAACAGAUCCACCCCGGUCAAGCCUGAAGAUGACCGCGGCCUCAGCUAACACCUUGACAGCAACCUUGUGAGAGACCCAGAGCCACAGGACCUAGCUACACUGUGAUUGGAUUCCUGACACACAGAGACCGUGAAGAGCCGGCAGCUGAGCACAGAGCCGGGUACCAGAGGGGAGAGCGAGUUUGGUCCAUCAAGGGACACAGAAAGGGGAGGGCCUGAGAGUGUCCUCGGCGGUGCUGGAAAGGGCUUCAGUCCGCCUCCACUCCUGAGCAGCCUGUGACCAUUAACUUCUUCACCCCCCACCCCCGGCCCAGGGCAGGCCCCUGGGGCCGGGUCACGUGCCAGGCAAGGGGUUUAUCGCUGGGGCCACUGGAUCCCCAGCAGAGCCUCGAAGCUGAACCUUGGCACCCAGGCCCAUGGACACAGCCUUUGUACUCCUCGUGGGGGUCCUGCUCCCUUGCUGGGGCGAGUUCCUGCCCUUUAAAAAGAGGUUCAUGAAGGUGAAUGGGGCUGAGUGCUCCCACCACUCUGAGUGUUCCAGUGACUGCUGCCUAAUAGACCUGGACCGUGCUGGUGCCUUCUGUGCCCCCAAGGCCAGAAUCGCCAUGCUGUGCUUGUUCCAGACCAAGGGAGCCAUCAACAUCAUCUGCCCCUGCCAAAGUGGCUUGAGCUGCAUAUCCAAGGACCCAGUCUGUUCCCGCCGGUGCCAUUUGAUUUAGAGGAGGACACAGGCUGGUUGCUGACCCCCUUCCCUCCCUCGGGGCCAGGGGCCUGAAGAGCCCCCAUCUUGCUCACAGUCUAGCUCCUGGGACAUUAAAGUCACUUCCUGACUCUG